UCUUGAGGACUAAUGGAGGUCCAUUCAUGGUUUGAAACCAGCCUGCCUGUUUUACCAAAACCAGAAUCAUUAACAUCCUCAAGAACUUCAUCUUCUGGCUCAAUCACAAUACCUGAUCGAAUGCAAUAUUCAUCGGCAAUUUAUGAGGAAACGAGUUUCAGUAGUCUUCAAUCAGAUGUCUCUCAAGACUCAUCUCACAAUUCUCACCAAAAAAUGAUAAACAGCCCUUCAGUAACUCACUCAUGCACUGGCAAUUUUCAAACGUUAACCCCACAAAUAAGCUUUCUUGCAGUGCAUGGCAACACCCUUUAUGCUGCUUCGUUGAAUGAAAUCAAUGUCUUCGAUUUAACGAAUUAUUGUCUUGUUGACAACUUGAGCUGUUCAGGCAUGGCUAAAUCAAUUGCAUUCGUCGAAAACAAGAUCUUCACUUCUCAUCAAGAUUGCAAGAUCAGAGUAUGGCAAAUUGCAUCAUCAUCAAAAAAGCAUCAACUAAUCUCAACACUGCCUACUGUUAAAGAUCGCCUGAGGCGUUGUGUUUUGCCAAAGAAUUAUGUUCAAGUUAGGCGGCACAAGCAAAAGCUUUGGAUUGAACAUGCAGACACCAUAUCAGGUUUAGCAGUGAAUGAUGGAUUAAUCUACUCGGUUUCUUGGGAUAAAAGCUUUAAGAUAUGGAGAAUAUCAGACUUGAGUUGUUUAGAAUCGGUUAAGGCGCAUUCGGACGCCAUUAACGCCAUUGUUGUUUGUGCAAAUGGAUUAAUCUACACCGCAUCAAGUGAUGGAACUAUCAAAAUUUGGCAGAGAAAUGAUGAUGGGGGAAAGAAGCAUAAGCUGGUAACCACUUUAGACAAGCACAAGGCGGGGAUUAAUGCAUUGGCUAUAAACGAAGAUGGAUCAGUCUUGUUUUCAGGAGGUUUUGAUGAGAAUAUUUUGGUGUGGAAGAAGGAUUAUAUUGCAGAUGAUCACAUGGUGCUUUCACAUUCAUUGAAAGGGCAUACAGGCGCUAUACUUUGCUUGACUAUUGUGGAUGAUUUGCUAAUCAGUGGAUCAUCUGACAGAACAGUGAGGAUUUGGAAACGCAGUAGAGAAUAUGGAUACUGUUGCAUUCGUGUUCUUGAAGGACAUUUGAAACCAAUCAAGGCACUUGUUGCAAUUUCAGGUAGGAAUGGAGAUGGUGUUAUUUCAAUAUUUAGUGGAAGCCUAGACGGACAAAUCAAAGUCUGGAAAGUUACUACAAAUUCCACAAGUUGCACAUCUCCUUAAGUAUUCAUGAGGUCAUUAAUAGUAGCAUCUCAUAUGUGGAUUCAUGGAUUGUGCCCAUUAAUGUUCAUCAA